GCUCGUUAUGCGCCAUUCAACCAUGUGUUAACAACGGGACUUGCCACGAGAAUGGUGAAGAGAUCACGUGUACAUGCGCCAACGGCUUUACUGGCAAGCGGUGUGAGGUAAAGGUUAAAGGUAAGACCGCUGAACACUGAUCUGCAAUGUAGAUCCCCGUUCAAACUAGAGACCUGGGGCCGGUUGUAUAAAAAAGUGAUUAAAGUUAACUAUAGUUAAGUGCGAACGUCAUCCAAUAAGAAGCGCCUAUUUGAGAGUUAAUCACUAUUUAACUACAAAAUAGUGAUUAAAAAAGUGAUUAAGAGUUUUAUACAACCGGCCCCUGGAGGCGUGUAGUUUAAACAGACAUAAAGCCAAGCAUUCGAGGUUGUCUGAACUCGGCUAUAUACAGCCAUUUCAAUUAAGGUUGUCCCCGAGCAAAGCGGAAAAGUCGAAUACGAGCGCGAAAGGCUGCUGGGAAUCGCUAAAAAAUUAAUGAAUUUAUUAGCGAUUCCCAGCAGCCAUUCGACAUUUCCGCUUUGCUCGGGGACAACCUUAAUUGAAAUAGCUGUAUGUAUGUAUGCAAAAACCUUUUUUAAAGACGCUAUCUUCGUCAACGGUUUCCACAAGGGGCGUCAAAGUAUUUUAAAAAUUACAAGCAAAAAUUUAAAAAGUUAGGCAAGACCGCAUCACCGGAUUUUAUGUUUGUGACUGCGCAAGUUUCAAAAAAGAAAGUUCUUGGAGUAAUAAUUGUAUAAGAAUCUGAAAUGGGAUAGGCAUAAUGGAGAACAGUGCAAAAUUAUUUCUGGAAAUAUUGCCUUGCUUGGGAAUGCAAAACAGUAUGGAACCCAUGAGACCUUCAUUACAAUAUACAAUGCACUGCAUGGCGUUGCCACGCCUUUGCUAUUGUUCUACCAAAUUGUUCUCCAAAGUUUCGUUGCGAAAUGUUGUAAAAUGCGGAUAAUUUUCAGUGCAGUUUAAAAUGCGGAUAAUUUUCAGUCAUUUUAGAUUACAAACAGGAAAUUGGCAGCCCCAAAGGGUAUUGCAGCGCGCAUGGGCUGUUCUAGAUCAAAAUUUAGUCUAUUACGCAAGUGGUCAAUUGUUGAGGGUUUUUUUUAGAUGGGAAUUUCAAGUGUGAAUUUUAUACAUUUCUUAGAUCUAACCAGGAGCAGUUGCAAAAAAUGCAACUAUACACCCUCUGACAGGAAUCAAACCUGCGACGCUGUUGUCUUUUUAGUCAUUUUUUUCUCCCUCCUACGAUAGCCGGCAGCAAAAAUUGUUUUUGUCAAUUUUCCCGCGUCCAUUCUCGUUUCCUGGGAUGCGGGCCCCGAUUGCGAAUUAUGAGUAAGGUCUACGUCGAGCAGACACUUCUCAGAUACAGUUAAGUCUCGUAACCGUAACUUAGCUUUAUUUUAUUCUUUAAGAUAAUACGACCAACGAGUACGUUUACUCUGACGAAGCCAAGCGUAUCAAACUGCCAGGAUUUUUAAAAAGAGUUCAGGAUGCCUACUACGAAUACAAUC